AUGGAAAAAUAUUCAAUAAAAACUAAAAAGAUUAAUCAAGAUAAAGAAAUUAAUCAUAAAAAUGAUAAUAAUGAUGAUGAUGAUGAUGAUACAUUAUCAUCUCAUUCAAUACUUUCAAUUGAUCCAAAUCAAUCAUUAGUAAAUAAUAUUGGUCAUAAUUUAUUUCAAUUAGCUAUUAAACAAGCACGUGAAGAACGACGUCAAACUAAAAUUCGACAAAAAAAUAAAAAAUCAUCAACAAUUAUUCAACGACAAACAAGAUUAAUUAAAAAAAAAUCAAUAACAAACAAUGAUAUUGAUCGUUUAUUUGAAGAAAAAUGUUUACGACCAUCAACAAUUAAAAAUGAUCUUAUGGAACUUUAUGAAAAAUCUACAAAUCGUAUACGUUCAAUGUUAGAUAUCAAACAAAUUGAUCAUUUUAUUCAAACAACACAAACGAGAAAAAAUAAUUGA